CCAGAAGUUGCGUUUUUACCUUUUUUCUGGACCUGACUGCAGCGCCUGCAGUGGACUUUCAGAAUCAGACCUGCUGCUGCAUCAACAUCAGAAAUACUUCAGGAAGAGGAGGUUCUGAACUACAUUGUGUUUUAGUUGCAUGUCAGUCUGAUACUCAGACAGUCCGCAGCAAGACAUCAUGGAGGUUACAGCUCUCUGCAUCAGACUGUAUGUUGUACUGAUUGCACAAGUUCAUCACGGUUACUUUGCUCAGAAAGCCGAUGCAGCGUUUCCACGUAUUGUUCCAGACAGACUGCAGUUCUUUCUAUAUGAGAAAGUGUCUGUACAUUGUGAUGAGAAUGAUGGCUUCACUGGAUGGAGGCUGAAGACGAACCUCAACAAAAUCCCCUCAGCAAACUCUUCUGGCUGCCACUUAUCAUCCUGCACCAUUUAUCCCAUCCUUCAGUCACACAGUGGAGAAUACUGGUGUGAAGACGAAGAGGGUGGAAAAAGUCAUGCUGUCAAUAUCUCUGUCACUGCUGGUUCUGUGAUCAUGGAGAGUCCUGCCCAUCCUGUGCUGGAGGGAGAAGACGUGAUUCUUUACUGUAAAAUCAAGAGAACUCAGUCAAAUCACAUUGCAGAUUUCUACAAAGAUGGAUCUCGUCUCAGCACCCGGUAUACUGGCAACUUGAUCAUCCAAAAUGUUUCCAUGUCUGAUGAAGGACUCUACAAGUGCAGCAUCUCUGGAGCUGGAGAAUCACCGGAGAGUUGGCUGAAAAUUUCAGAACAAACACCUGAUGAAAAGACCACCGACAGUCCCCACAGUGACUCCCCUCAUCUCCUGUGGAUCGUUGUCGGUGCUUUAUUGGUGGCUCUGCUGCUGUGGGUGGUGGGACUGUGUCUCUGUAGGAAACACAGAGAGCCAGAUGUGUCCAAAGCAGACAUCAAGUUACUGUCACCAGAAGAGAGGAUUUUCUGUUCUGUAGUCGUUUACAGGCCACUGACACUGACUGAAGGACUAAGGAGACGGUCUGUUCAAAGCUCUACUGCUGUAUUUUCACCCUGUUCUUGUCCCGAGCCGUCAAGUACCACCGCUUUGUCUUUGAGUUUCAGGAGGCCAAACCGUCACAAUCAGUGAUGUUACAGCAACUACUAAUAAUAACAAUACAGUAACUUCA